CAUCACAUACAUUUGUUUUCGUCUGAAAUUUCUCACAACAAAGCGGAAGAUGUCUUCGAAUUCCGAAGCACCAGCGCAAAUAAACCACAGCCCAUCGACGGCUACCAAAAACAGCGGUACCGAUGACGAGCAACCGGAGGACAAACUCCCGGAACACUGGACAAAAAUUGCUUCCAAGAACCGGCCAGGUAAAUUCUACUAUUUCAACUCGAAAACCCGCGAAAGUUUGUGGCAACACCCGACCAAGACGAAGGCUCUAGCACGGGAGCAGGAUAUCAUACGGCAUGUUGCGAAAGGCGUCGGAAGUAGCCCCGCGAAGGAAAUCAAGGCUGAGUCGGAAAAGAAAGCUGACAAGAAGAUUAAACCAGUAGUGGGAUCGAAAAAAGUGGUGCACCUGAAGAAUGAUGCCAAAUUCAAGAAGAAAAAUUUGGCGAAGGAGCGGAUGGAGGGGAUUCAAAAGCAACUUGCACUCGAACGUGAGGCGAUGAUUGUAAAGGGUGGAAGUGGUACAGCGAAGCAGUUGAAAAAGGAAAGCCCUCAAAAGAAACAGGAGGGAAAGACAAUAUCCCCGAUAAAAUCUGUUAAAACUCCUUCCAAGGUAAAGAAAGCUGAGAAUCCUUCAACUAAAUCGCAGAAUUCAUCGGAUCUAACUCCUACGAAAGUCGAAGUUGGCGCCAAAGUUCGCUCGAAGGCUCGGACAAUCACGAAAAAGCCUCCACCAGCGACGGGAAUUAAGCGAAAAGAGGAACAUGUUGAAAAAGCAAAAAAUGAGUUUCCAAUUCUUUUGCCGAAGAAUAAAGAAUUGAGUAAGUUCAAGAUUCCGAAAAAGCCUGUGAAGGAGCUGGUUUCAUCUUCGCUUUUGAACAACAUUUCAAAGCAGGAGGUAAGACAAUUGACUGGCAAAGAAUCAAACACAAAUCAGAAUUCCACGAAAAUCGAAACCAGCAGUAUCGUAAACAAUAAAACUCACACGACGGAUGUUUUAGAGCAGAAACAAUCACCAAGUGGAAAAGACUCGGCAUCAACAUGUUUCGAGACUAGCGUGGAAGCGUUGGAUGUUUCGUUCUCUUCACCAAGAGCGGAAAUUGUAAUUUCUUCCAGAGUAUCAGAACAAGUCGAGUAUAAAUCACCUGCGAACGAUCGAUUGGCCCGAUUUCGCGAGGAGCUCCACCAGGAAGUAGCGCUGCAAUCUUCCCUAUUAGACGAAGACGCAGAAAUGACCGAUCUCAGUGAUUGUUCCGCCAACGUGUCUCAGUUGGGUAACGUCGAAGGAAUGGACUGGGAGGAUAUUCCCGAGGAAGUGGCCUUGAGUGAGGUGGUUAGCAUCCGACGUGCGCUCGGAUUCAAACUCGCUGCCAGCGACGACAACGAAAAUUAUCUGCAUGCAAGCAUUCCCGAGUACAAGACCCAUCUGUUCGAUCAGAUAAGCUUUCAGCGGUAUUUCUUCAUGGUGCUCGACACCAACAUCUUUCUGAGUAAUUCGAAAGGGGUGGAAGAUUUCCUUAGGAAAGGCUUUCCUCACAUUGGGCAGCCCAUCAUAAUCGUCCCGUACAUCGUGCUUCAGGAGUUGGAUCGGAUAAAACACCGCGAGCAGGGCCGACCACUGUCUCAGGCAGCGUCCCGUUCGAUUCGCUUCCUAAACGAGCAUCUCAAAACGCGUGAUCCACGCGUUAAAGGACAAUCCACAAUCGACGCGGCGAAUGCAAUCAUUCCGAUCGAAAACCCGGACGAUAACAUCAUCAAUUGUUGUCUCCAGGUGCAGCAGAUUAUUGCCAACAGUCCAACGGAGCUGAUGUUGCUCUCGAAUGAUGUCAACCUCAGGAAUAAGUCACUCGUCAACGGAGUGCAGGCGUUUUCGUUCAGCGAGUUGAGCACCGAAGCCGACCGGAUACGGUUCGCGAGCGACGAUCACAGAUGAUAUUGGCUGAAAAUGUCAAGCAAAACUUUUGUAAAGAACGGAGUAUUUUUAUAUCUGAAAUAUGAUCUCUUGUUAUAAUUGUUUGAA